AUGGGCAAGAAACCCGCCGUUGCGGGCGAGGGCCCUAACACCAUCUACAAGGCCACGUACAGCCCCGUGUACGAGUUCAUCUGCCGCAAUGUGGCGGUCAUGCGCCGCCGGUCGGACGGAUACCUGAACGCGACGCAGAUUCUCAAGGUCGCCGGGUUCGACAAGCCGCAACGCACGCGUGUGCUCGAGCGCGAGGUCCAGAAGGGCGAGCACGAGAAGGUCCAGGGAGGAUACGGAAAGUACCAAGGAACAUGGGUUCCCAUCGAGCGCGGGCUUGCGCUCGCGAAGCAGUACAACGUCGAGGACCUGCUCCGGCCGAUCAUUGACUUUGUGCCGUCGUCUGUGUCUCCGCCGCCGGCGCCGAAGCACACGGUUGCUGCGCCCUCGAAGCGAAAAGCGGAGCCGAAGCAGGCGAAAGACGUUUUCAGCGCCCCGAAGCGGCAGCGAGAAGCGACUCCCGAGUCGGUCGCCGCGUCCCGGGAAAGCGACUCGCCAGGGGAUGCCAUGUCCGAGUCGGCGACGCCGUCGCCUCUGAUCGGCUCGAGUGCGCUGCCGCCGAGCGACGCCCCGAUGCCGCCGAGCAGUGAUGCGAUGGACGUCGACCACAAGGCUUCCUCGAAUGGGCACUCGCGCAAGCGGACAGCGGACAUGAUGGACGUCGACCAGUACGAGCAGAUGCGGAGGGCGCGGGGGAACAGCGCUGUGCACACGCCCCCGCACGGCAGCUCGCCGCGCAACUAUGGCGGUAUGCAGGGACCCCUGACGCAGGACGAGUACAACGACAUCAUCCUCAACUACUUUGUGUCGGAGUCGACGCAGAUCCCGUCCGUGUUGACAUCGCCGCCGUACAACUGGGACCCGAACGGUCCCAUCGACGAUGACAACCACACGGCGCUGCACUGGGCCGCGGCCAUGGGGCGUGUCCGCGUCAUCAAGCUGCUGCUCUCGGCCGGCGCACGCAUCUUUGACAAGAACAACCUUGAGCAGACGCCUCUCAUGCGCUCCGUCAUGUUCACAAACAACUAUGACCUGCGCAAGUUCCCCGAGGUGUUCGAGCUGCUGCACCGUUCCACGCUUAAUAUCGAUAAGCAGAACCGCACAGUGUUCCACCACAUCGCCAACCUGGCUCUCAUCAAGGGCAAGACGCACGCGGCGCGCUACUACAUGGAGGUCAUCUUGUCGCGUCUUGCCGACUACCCGCAGGAGCUCGCGGAUGUUAUCAAUUUCCAGGACGAGGACGGCGAGACGGCGCUGACGCUCGCGGCACGUGCGCGCAGCAAGCGUAUCGUGAAGGCGCUUCUCGAUCACGGCGCCGAUCCCAAGAUCCGCAACCGGGACUUCAAGUCGGCUGAGGACUACAUUCUCGAGGAUGAGCGCUUCCGCUCCUCGCCAGACAUCAUGCUUGGCCGCACUCUGCCGCUCGCAUCGAGCAAUGCAAACUCGCUGGGCGCCUCCGUGUUCUCGGGCUACUCCCACCCGCAACUCUACACGAGUGAGGCGGCGCGUCUCGCAGGCGGCCAGUACCUGAGCGACAUCACCACGCACCUCCAGUCCCUGGCGCGGAGCUACGAUGCGGAGUUAUCAGCCAAGGAGCGCGACAUCCUCCAGGCCAAGGCGAUGCUGACGACGAUUCACGCCGAGGUCACCGAGGCAGGAAGACUGCUGCACAACCUGGAGGAGAAGGCGAAGCCUCUCGAGACGCGGCAGGCUGAGCUCUCUCCUUUGGUCUCGCAACUUCGUACGAGGUUGCAGGAGGCGCUGGCACGUGGGGCUUCGGACUGGCUGAAAGCUGAAGCCGGACGGGAGGCGCGCUGGCGUGACGGCAACGACCCCAGCCAAGCGGGCGAGGACUACAGCGAUUUGGAGGCGCUUACCGCUGUGCCGGAAGAUGCGAAGGGGGAGGAGGAGCGUCUCCGUGCCGAGAUCGAAGCGAAGCGAAAACGCCGAGCGGAGCUUGUUGAGCGGCUCGUGAAGGCGCAGACUGAGGCGGGCACCACGGAGAAGAUGAGCAGGUACCGCCACCUCAUCGCUGCCGGAUGUGGAGGGGACGUGUCCGCCGCUGAUGUCGAUACACUCGUCGGCCAGAUCCUGGAGACCCUCGAGAUGGAGGCAGCCGCGGCGCCCGCCCCCCCGAACCCACCACAAACGCCCAAGCCCGCUGCGUCCCAACCGGCAUCACAGCCCGCCGCUCAGGCAGCGCAGUCAUCCCAGCCCUCCCAGCCCUCCCAGCCAGCACCCCAGACUCCAAGUGGCCAGACUGCCACGGCGCAGCCGCCCGCAACCCCCACGCCAGCGGGAACGAAGGCCUAG